UCUAUGGCUUCUUCUUCUCCUUCUUGCAACAGGAGAUACGACGUUUUCCCGAGUUUCAGCGGUGGAGAUGUCCGCAAAUCAUUCCUCAGCCAUCUUCUCAAGGAGCUCCACCGCAAAUCAAUCAAUACAUUCAUCGACCAUGGGAUAGAGAGAAGCCGCCUUAUCGCCUCUGAGCUUUUAUCUGCGAUUAGAGGAUCGAGGAUCUCGAUCGUUAUCUUCUCUAACAAGUAUGCUUCUUCAACUUGGUGCUUGAAUGAGUUGGCUGAGAUCCACCACUGUUCUAAGGAAUUGGAUCAAAUGGUGAUUCCGGUUUUCUACAACGUUGAUCCUUCGGAAGUUAGAAAACAGACCGGUGAAUUUGGAAAGGUCUUUGAAGAGACAUGCAAAGGCAAAACAGAUGGUGAGAAACAAAGGUGGAUGCAAGCUUUAGCAUAUGUGGCAAAUAUGGCUGGAGAGGAUUCUCGAAACUGGUGUGAUGAAGCAAAUAUGAUUGAAACUAUUGCCAAUGAUGUUUCGAAUAAGCUUAUUACACCGUCAAGUGAUUUUGGUGAUUUCGUUGGUGUUGAAGCUCAUUUAGAGAGAUUGAAUUCAAUAUUGUGUUUGGAAUCUGAAGAAGUUAGAAUGUUAGGGAUUAUAGGACCUUCUGGGAUUGGUAAAACUACCAUAGGAAGAGCUCUUUUCAGUUCACUUUCUAGCCAAUUCCAUCAUUGCGGUUUUGUGUCUUAUAAAAGAACCAGCCGGGACGAUUAUGGCAUGAAGCUGUGUUGGGAACAACAGUUUUUAUCUGAAAUUUUAUGUCAAAAGGACCUCAAGAUUUGGCAUUUAGGUGCGGUGGAACAAAGGCUAAAGCACAAGAAAGUUCUUAUCGUUCUUGACGAUGUGGAUGAUCAUGAGAUAGUAAAGACCUUGGUUGGACAUACUGGAUGGUUUGGAUUUGGGAGCAGAAUCAUUGUGAUCACUCAAGAUAAGCAGCUGCUCAAGGCUCAUAGUAUUGACCUUAUUUAUGAGGUGGAGUUCCCAUCUAAAGAUCUGGCUCUGCGAAUGUUUUGUCGAUCUGCUUUUGGGGAAAACUCUCCUCCUAGUGAUUUCAUGACUCUAGCUGGUAAAGUUGCGAUCCUCGCUGGGAAUCUUCCUUUAGGUUUAACGGUAUUGGGUUCUUCUUUAAGAGGGAAGGACAAGUUUGAGUGGAUGGAGAUGUUGCCUAGGCUCCAAAAUGGUCUAGAUGGUAAAAUAGAGAAAACAUUAAGAAUAAGCUAUGAUGAGUUAGAUGGCAAAGAUCAAGACUUAUUCCUUUACAUUGCGUGUUUAUUCAAUGGCCACAAAGUCACUUAUAUCAAAAACUUGCUUGGAGAAAGUGUUAAUAUUGGGAUUAAAAUGCUGGCUGACAAGUCUCUUAUACGUAUAACAACACCGCACAAAACUGUUCAGAUGCACAACCUGCUUCAGAAGUUGGGUAAAGAAAUUGUUCGUGCAGAGUCUAUCUACAAUCCUGGAAAACGUCGAUUCUUGGUCGAUGCUAAAGAUAUAAUUGAUGUAUUUACCGACAACACUGGUACAGAAAAUGUGUUAGGCAUAUAUUUUAACACGUCAGAAAUCAACGAGCCAUUGUUGAUAGGUGAAAGAUCGUUCGAAGGAAUGUGUAAUCUCCAAUUUAUAAAGUUUUACAAGGAUUGGUCGCGGGAGAAUAGUGCAGGCUUGUAUUUACCUCGAGGCCUCGUUUAUUUACCUCGUAAACUUAGGUUGGUGUACUGGGACGAAUAUCCAUUGAAAUGCAUGCCUUCUAACUUUAGAACAGAGUUUCUUGUUAAACUCAAAAUGGAAAAUAGCAAGCUUGAGAAGCUAUGGGAAGGAAUCCAGCCACUUCGAAAUCUCAAGAAGUUAAGAUUGGAUGGGUCCAAGAAGUUGAAAGAAAUUCCAAAUCUUUCAAAUGCUAUAAAUCUUGAGAAACUGAAUCUUUGUGGAUGUACAUCGUUGGUGACACUUCCUUCCUCAAUUCGAAAUCUCGGUAAACUUAGGAAGCUGACAAUGGAGGGAUGCACAAAGCUCGAAGCUCUUCCAAAUGAUGUCAUCUUGGGAUCUUUUGAUUACAUAAAUCUCAGUGGGUGCUCAAGAUUGAGAAGUUUCCCCCGAAUUUCAAGGAACGUUUCGGGGCUCGUUCUUGAUGGAACUGCAAUAGAAGAAGAAGAUUCUGUCUACAUUGGGAAUAUCUCUGGGAUCACUAACCUUGAUUGGAGUGGUUGUCAAGUAAGAUGUAUGCCUUCUAACUUUAAUCCAGAAUAUCUCGUUGGACUCACAAUGAGAGAUAGCAAGCUUGAGAAACUAUGGCAAGGAAUUAAGUCGCUUAGAAAUCUCGGAUACAUGGAUUUGUCAGGAUGCGAAAACUUGAAAGAAAUUCCAGAUCUUUCAGAAGCCACCAAACUUGAGAUAUUGGAACUCGACGAUUGCAAAAGUUUGGUUUCUCUUCCUUGUUCUAUUCGGAAUCUCAAUAAACUUGAGGUGUUGAGCAUGAGUGGAUGUACAUGUCUCGAGUUUCUUCCAACUGAUGUCAACUUGGUAUCUCUUGAUUAUCUUAAUCUUAAUGGAUGUGCAAGGUUGAGAAGUUUUCCUCGGAUUUCAAGGAACAUAUCAAGGCUCUUUCUAGCUGGAACUGCCAUAAAAGAUGACCAAUACUGUUUCUUCAUUGGUGACAUUUGUGGACUCACUGAACUUGUUUGGAGUGACUGUCCAAAUAAAUAUAUGCCUUCUACAUUUCACCCAGAACAUCUCGUUGAACUCACAAUGCAAGGUAGCAAGCUUAUCAAGUUGUGGGAAGGAGUCCAGUCGCUUAGAAAUCUCAAGAAGAUGGAUUUGUCAAGAAGUGAAAACCUGAAAGAAAUACCAAAUCUUUCUAAGGCCACCAAUCUCGAGUAUUUGUGUAUAACCGGAUGCACAAGUUUGGUGAUUCUUCCUUCUUCAAUUAGUAAUCUCAACAAUCUCAAGAAGCUGAACAUGAGAGGAUGUACUAGGCUCGAGGUUCUUCCUAAUGAUGUUAACUUGGAAUCUCUCUAUCACCUCGAUCUCAGUGAAUGCUCACGGCUAAGAAUUUUUCCUCAGAUUUCCAUAAGGAUUUCACUGCUCUAUCUAGACGACACUGCAAUUGAAGAAGUUCCUUCUUCGAUUGAAUAUUUAUAUGGGCUCACUACUUUAAUGAUGCGUCGUUGCAAAAGGUUAAAAAUCGUUUCUCCAAACCUUUUUAAAUUAAAAAGUCUUACGGUGGUAAACUUUUCAGAAAGUGGAGUAGUCACGGAAUUAGGUGAUGCAAGUAUGGUGGCAACAGUACGACUAAAUGCUCAACAAGUAAAUCUGUGUGGCGAACACUUUUACUGGCCAUAUCGGAUCUUAACAGUGUGUGCAAAGAAUUGUGAAUCGCUCCAGAUUAUAUCUCACUCCUUCCUCAAUCUAAUGAGCUCACUUGAACUCCAUAAUUGCUUCAAUCUGGAUCAAGAUAUGCGGGAACUAAUCAUAAAAUCGGAGUUCAACUAUGUCAUCUUACCUGGUAGAGAAGUCCCGGCAUAUUUCAUGCAUCAAGCUGGUAGCAGUUGCCUACAUUUCUAUUUACCUCAUAUCCCUCUUUCUCAAAAAAUUUGGGUAUUCAAGGCUUGCAUCUUGCUUGAACCUCCUACUGAUCCCAAUGAUCAUUCUGGAAUCGUCGGAGUGCGCUGGUACUUCAGAGGCAAAAGCAGUGUGCAUCACUUUAAUGUUGACGUGGACUCAUGUAAGAUGGAUCAUUUGGUUAUGUUCCACUUUUGGUUAAACUUAAGAGAAGCAAAUGAUCCUCCAUCUGAAGUAGACUACAAACAUGUGGAGUUUAAGUUUUUCCAUCAUAACUAUGGUUGUUCGGCCAGUUGCAUUACAAAUGGGGCUAAACGCUGCACGCAAACUUGUACCUUGUCGCUCGAGAGGAUAAAAGGAUGCGGUGUACGAUUGUUGAAUGUUUCUCCAUCUCCAUAUGGUGCUGCUGAAAUCUGUGAAACAGAGUACAAACAACAGUUUGGAGAAAAAUAUAAUGUUGAAAAGACUGAGAGAAGUAAGAAGCGAAAACGGAUUACAUCAGGAACAAAUGAAGAAGAUAUUAACUUACCAGGCCAAAUAUCAAACACAGGACCGACAACUCCACAUCUGGAGCUUUCAUUAUGGGAAGGAGAAGCUUCAGCCCGGGUUUCUUCUAGAAGUAAGUUAAUGUCACCAUCAGUUUCUUCAGGCAACUUUCAUGGUGAUGGAGCAUCGUUGUCUCUUUCAGUUUCCCCUUCUUAUCUAUAUAUGGAGGAAGAAGCUUUGUGUGUUGAUACCAUGAUAACUGAACUACAAGAUGGAGAAACACCCAUCAAGAAUUCUUCAUCACCUCCAAAGCUUUUCAACUUCUUAAGUUGAUGGAGAGAUUUUGGAGAACCAAAGCCGUUUAAGCUCCAAACUCGGGGCCUGCGAGUGCGAAUGUUUGUAAUUUCUACAUUUGCCGAAGGGCAGAAUUGAAUAGCCUAUACUGUCUAUUCAAAUUUUGAAAAACAAUCAUAAGUCUCGUGUGAAUUUUUUAAAAUUAUAAUUAAUAUUAGUGUAUUUAAUUUUGAGAGAAGACACAUGUCUAAAUAAGAAAUGCUACAUAAUAAAAAUAUUU